AUCUCUUCGUCUCUCCCUCCCUCCCUCUCUUUCCCUCCCUCCCCUUCUUCCUUUUCUCUCUCUCUCUCUCUCUCUCUCUCUCUCUCUCUCUCUCUCUCUCUCUCUCUCUCUCUCUCUCUCUCUCUCUCUCUCUCU